AUGACGAAAAUCGCUGACAACGUUAACCCAAACGUAUAUGAAAAAGGUUCAGCACGAGAAAUCACAUUUACAGAACGCGAUGAAGAUAUAACAGAUGAAAUUGACGAAAGGGAAAUUUUCGAUUUAAUUCGAAAUAUAAAUGAUCCUGAACAUCCAUUGACACUUGAAGAACUGCGUGUGGUGGAAGAAAAGAAUGUAUUUAUAGAUAAUAAUCAGAACUUAGUGCGUGUUUACUUUACACCAACAAUACCACAUUGCAGCAUGGCAACCUUAAUAGGUCUUUCCAUCAGAGUACAGCUUCUUAGAUCAUUACCGAGUCGAUUUAAAGUGACAGUAGAAGUGUCUGAAGGCACCCACAUGUCAGAACAUGCUGUAAAUAAGCAAUUGGCCGAUAAAGAAAGGGUUGCUGCAGCAUUGGAAAAUAACAACUUGGUACAGAUUAUAAAUCAAUGUGUUGCUAAUUCU